CUUUUCCUCUCUUUUUCCCUCCUACCCUUAUGCUUAUAAGUGUGUUUCCUCUUUAAUCGAAAGAAUGCAAUCAAUCUAUGUACUGGCUAAUGCCUCUUACCUUCAACGUUCUCUCGACGAAUCAAAGCACUUAAUGCGGUUGAUAUUAAACAAGUAAAAAAUAUCAAAAAUGGGUACAUAAUACGUUGCGUGUUAUCAUCCCCCCCCCCCCCCCCUAACAUUAGACAUACCUUCGUGUCAACUUUUACUAAUACGCUUAGCGUCUUAUCCACGUUUCCUUUCCCUUUUUGCGUUUAGUGAGGAGCACGUGUACGAGUAUAAAAUGAAUUCGCACAGAGAGCAUCGAUUCAGUCAAUCGUAACAUGUAGUCGGGGUACGCAUAUAUACCUCUUACCGUCUCUGUUCAUAAACUUUCGUGAUUUUCGUUGGCUAGAUUUAUCCUUUCGCUGCGCCGAGUAUAUAGACUAAAAUAAGAACGCGAUCGUAUGUAUUUUAUUUGCCUUCGAAUCGUUCAUACAAUUUAUGUUUGAUUUUCAAGCGUGUAAUUUUUUAUGUGUUUCUCAUUCCAAUCAUAAUCAAUCGUCACAGAAUAUAUUUUCGUUCGCACGAUGCUGUCCACCUGCAAAAUAUGUUGUGGAAGAAUACCGCAACGAUGGAUAUUCGCAAUAAUGGGUUUUUUGGCGCUCUUUAACGCUUACGCGAUGAGAGUCUGCUUGUCGAUUACGAUUACCGAGAUGGUAAUUCCGAUGCAUGAGAAUACGACACACUUCUAUGACAAUACUUGCCCGGUCAGGAAUGAGAGUGGGAAAGGGGGUAACAAUGGCACGCAAUCGUACGCAAAACGGUAUGAGUGGAGUGAGACGAUGCAGGGUAUUAUCUUGUCGUCGUUUUACGUGGGCUAUGUGAUAACACAUCUACCUGGAGGGAUGUUGUCUGAAAAAUUCGGUGGGAAAUAUUCCCUCGGUUUGGGUAUAUUGGCGACCGGCGUUUUCACGCUAAUUACACCGUUCGUCGUAGAAUAUGGAGAAGCAAUAGGUCUAAUCAUCGUACGUGUGUUAAUGGGCCUCUGCGAAGGGACAACAUUCCCGGCGUUAAACGCAAUGCUGGCCCAAUGGACACCACCUGAAGAAAGGUCCAUGAUCGGUUCGUUGGUAUUCGCCGGUGCUCAACUCGGCACGGUAUUUGCCAACUCUUUGUCCGGUCUCAUUAUUCAUUACUCGGCGAUAGGAUGGCCGGCUGUGUUUUACGUAUUCGGUAGUGUCGGAAUUCUUUGGUUUUUGAUAUGGCUGGUAACGUGCUUCAAUAAUCCAGACACGCAUCCAUUUAUAUCCGAAAGAGAACGAAAUUUUCUACAAGAAAGGAUGCACGCGCAUACGCAUAAAAAGCCACCUUCGGUUCCAUGGAGACACCUUCUUAAAUCUGUACCACUUUGGGCACUAAUAGCGGCACAAGUUGGUCAUGAUUGGGGCUUUUUCACCUUGGUCAAUGACCUUCCGAAAUAUAUGAGCAGCGUACUCAAGUAUUCGAUCAAAGACAAUGGAUUACUCUCCGCAUUACCCUAUUUAACUAUGUGGAUUUGUAGUGUAGUGACAUCUUGUUUAGCCGACUGGAUGAUCACGAAAGGCCUAAUGUCACGUACUAAUGUACGUAAAUUGGGUACUACCAUUGCCUCGCUCGGACCAGGAGCAUUCAUCAUAGGUGCAUCUUAUGCCGAAUGUGACAGAACAACUGUUGUUAUUAUGUUUACCGUUGGUACGACAUUAAUGGGUACAUUUUAUCCAGGAAUGAAGGUGAAUGCUCUAGAUCUCAGUCCAAACUAUUCUGGCACCUUAAUGGCUCUAGUGAAUGGAAUAGGCGCUUUUACCGGUAUUUUGACACCGUAUAUCGUUAGUGAAUUAACUCCGAAUCAGACACUUGCCCAAUGGAGACUCGUAUUUUGGAUUGUUUUUGUUGUUUUCGUCUUGACUAAUCUGAUUUUUGUACUGUAUGCAAACGGAGAAGUUCAGUAUUGGAACGAUCCUGAAUUUGUCAGAAGGGAAAGAGAAGAGAGACGGAUGAAAAUUGCAAACGAAAAAGGAGAAGUUGGUAAAACUAAAGAGCGAUUGAAAAUAUUUUCGACUUAAUGUAAUUCGCGUAAAAAUCAACACACGUCGAUUUUUACAGCUUGAAUAGAAUAUGCAUGAGAUACAUAUUAGAUACAUGCAGAUAAGUUUUGUGCAUUGUAUACAUAAGUGAUUCGUUAAACUUAAACCAUAAAACAUGUAUCCGUGUCGUUUAUAUUCAUGACUAUCUACCUUAUUAUACUCGCUAGAUUUUCUAUUAAUUUAAAAAAAGUCAUUCCGUCUACUCGUUUAUGGAAUGUAUUAGACCUCUAAGUGUAAUAUAGUUCGUUUCUUUCUAUAAACCGAUAUUUCUUAUUAAUGUUUCAGGAAUGAAAACAUUCUUUUCUUAAGCAAAAUAUCUUCCUUAAUUAUAUUUUCUUUUAUCACGCUUUAUCAGAUUAUGCAAUAUUGAAUAUAAUGUAUAACAAAGGGAUAUCAUAAACAGAAAAAGAACAAGAGAAAAUAUGGUGAGGGAACGAAAUUUUGUACAGCCUUAAUAGUAUUUCAAAUUUUUCGGUAGUUAAUAUCUUUCCUUUCUCUUCUUCUGUCUAGUCCAAGUUCGAAACGAAUGAUAAGUCGAACAACUGUGUAGAUACAUUUACAUCGAACACACGUUAACGAGCGAGAAUGAAAGACACAUCUGGCUAUUAUGUUACAUUGACGUGUUCUCGCGACUAACGAGAUUCAGUGUACCUGAAAAAUAUUUUGUAACUACGUGUGUUAAAGUAAGUGUGUACAUCGUUAAAUAUUGUUUCUAAAAUAAAUGAGAAGAUGAUGAAAAACUAUACAUAUAGAUAUAUAUAUAUAUAUGAUUGUUUAAAAUAAAACGUGUGCGUAUACACUUAUACAUAUAUGAAUGACAACAUAUAUAUUAUGAAUAGGAGUAUAAAACAUAUGACAUGUACGGCAAAUAUUGGCAUAAACUUCUACAUUUGUCUCUUUAUUGCGACGUGAAAAAAUAAAUGUAUUUUUUGAUUGUUAUUAUUUACUAUUCAUAA